CGUCCGGCACAUUUCAAAUAUGAUGUCUCGUUGGACGAUCCUGUAGCGGAGUCGUUCUUUGUUGACGUUUGGCAAAACACCGCACGUAACAAUAUGCUCAUUUAUGAAGAGGUGUUCCGCACAUAUCCAACGGAUAAUGUGGAGACCUUCGAGGAGUUUGUAAAAUGGACGGGACAAAUGCCUCUGGCCGAAUAUUCACCUCAGCAAGCUCAGGAAAAGCUGAGGGAUGUAAAUGGUGUCUUGGUGGAAUUCCCUUUGAAUUUCUUAUGCAAAGCAAAUUUGACGCCGGGAGUAACGACAAAGGAAGGCCUUGUUCCAAGUGCUGUAUUCACGUGA